CCACCACGACCAAGCCGGAGCCCUACCCCUGCCCCCCUCAAAUUCCUCACUCCAUCCGUAAUCCUUCUCCAUAAUAGCCCUUACUCACCUCCUUCCUGUUUCUUAAACACCCUUCCCAUUUCCCAGACGGAGCGUACCUCUUCUUCCAUAAUGUUCUCUUAAUCAGUCACCUUGUUUCCUUCUUUCUUACGGGGGUCCUAGGAAGCGCCAGCGCCCCGACUGACCGUGCCUGGUGUUUUCCACCCUCCCUAACUGUAGUCUGUCCUGUCUCAACACUAUCGCAUAUAUUUCACGCAUCUUCCACACCCCCAUCACUUCACUGUGGCCAAACAGUAAUUUCUGCUGAUGCCUUCAUCUCCUCCAUAAACACCCCCCUCAGCCAAUUCUUGUGCUACCCCAAAACUCCCUCAUUUACACUCUGAUUGGGUCUAUAAACACCCCCUUGACAAAGCUCCUUUUUUUUAAUCCCACCAUCCCCCGCCCUGAGCUUCCCUCCUGUCAUAAUUCUAUCCUUCCUCCGACUUUUCCCUCUCAAGCUCUACCCUUCCCCGCCCAGGCUAGCCCACGAUUCAGGGUCACCCUCACCUCUUCCCUGUGGACUGCCCCCCACCAUGUUCCCCUGAGCCUCCAAGGAGGGGGCUCAGGGGGCCCAAUGGCCUCCCGCCCCCCGUGGCCCCACAGCCCCUGUGGGCCAGGGGAAGUGCCUCAGAAGGCCCAGCGCCGAGGAUGGGCAACCGCACGUGGGACGGCUGCCAUGUGGACUCGCGCAUGGACCACCUCUUCCCGCCGUCCCUCUACAUCUUCGUCAUCGGCGUGGGGCUGCCCACCAACUGCCUGGCCUUGUGGGCAGCCUACCGCCAGGUGCGGCAGCGCAACGAGCUGGGGGUGUACCUGAUGAACCUCAGCAUCGCCGACCUGCUGUACAUCUGCACCCUGCCACUGUGGGUUGACUACUUCCUGCACCACGACAACUGGAUCCACGGCCCCGGCUCCUGCAAGCUCUUCGGGUUCAUCUUCUACACCAACAUCUACAUCAGCAUCGCCUUCCUGUGCUGCAUCUCGGUGGACCGCUACCUGGCCGUGGCCCACCCACUGCGGUUUGCCCGCCUGCGCCGGGUCAAGACGGCCGUGGCCGUGAGCUCCGUGGUCUGGGCCACGGAGCUGGGGGCCAACUCGGCACCCCUGUUCCACGACGAGCUCUUCCGUGACCGCUACAACCACACCUUCUGCUUCGAGAAGUUUCCCAUGGAGGGCUGGGUGGCCUGGAUGAACCUCUACCGGGUUUUCGUGGGCUUCCUCUUCCCGUGGGCCCUCAUGCUGCUGUCUUACUGCGGCAUCCUGCGGGCUGUGCGGGGCAGCGUGUCCACCGAGCGCCAGGAGAAGGCCAAGAUCAAGCGGCUGGCCCUGAGCCUCAUCGCCAUCGUGCUGGUCUGCUUCGCGCCCUACCACGUGCUCCUGCUCUCGCGCAGUGCUGUCUACCUGGGCCGCCCAUGGGACUGUGGCUUCGAGGAGCGCGUCUUCUCGGCCUACCACAGCUCGCUGGCCUUCACCAGCCUCAACUGUGUGGCUGACCCCAUCCUCUACUGCCUCGUCAACGAGGGGGCCCGCAGCGAUGUGGCCAAGGCCCUUCACAAUCUGCUCCACUUCCUGGCCAGUGACAAACCACAGGAGAUGGCCAACGCCUCGCUCACCCUGGAGACCCCACUCACUUCCAAGAGGAACAGCAUGGCCAAGGCCAUGGCAGCUGGCUGGGCGGCAGCUCCGCCCUCCCAAGCGGACCACGUGCAGCUGAAGAUGCUGCCGCCCGCACAGUGACCCUCCACUCGUGCAGAACCCCCCCCACUCCUCGAAUGUUAUCCCACACUCCCUUCCCUCCUGGUCUGAUGUAAGCAAACUGUAUGCAAAUGAGGCCGUGUUCCUAGUCAUAAGAGUAGAAGAAAACAGGAAAACAGUGAGGCUGGUGGGUCAAUCAUCAUCCUCUACCAUG